AUGCAGCUCGCCCCGAUACUCGCCCUCGUGCUGGCCCUCUUCACGGUCUUCGUGGCCGCUCAGCCGCCCAUUCCCCUCGCCUCCUCCGUCUUCGCUCUCGGCGAUGCGGACGCGGCCAUCAAGCUGGAGGCCUUUGUCGACCUGCAGUGUCCCGACUCGAAGGCCGUGUGGCCCAUCCUGCUUCAGCUGGCCAAGCACUACGGCCCCCACAAGCUGCAGCUCGUGGCCACCCUCUUCCCGCUGCCCUACCACCACAACGCCUUCUUCGCCGCCCAGGCACGGCCGCCCUUCCCUGAGCUGGCGAGGAACAACACCGUGUUUUGGGACUAUGCCCAGUACCUCUACGACCAGCAGGACAACUGGGGCGAUGAGGCUACGCAGGGGAUUGCGCCGCUGCAGGUGAUCACCCAGAUGAGCCGGUACGCCCAGGCCUGCUGCAAGGUCGACCCCGCCGCCUUCGUCAAGGCCAUGGGCUGGGUCUCCGCCCAGAACCUGCUCGCCCGCGUCACCUGGAAGCGCGCCGCCUCUCUCGGGAUCUACGGCACGCCUCAGUUCAUGAUCAACGGCGUGAGCUCGUCGGCCGACGAGAGCUGGACCAUGGCCGACUGGCGCAAGCUCCUCGACCCCCUCCUUCUCUAA